CUCACACCUAGGUCAAACUUAGCCCGGCCCCUCUUGCACCCUGUGUCCCACUGCCAGUUUCCCAUGUGGGGUUUGUCAUAAGGUGGAUCCAGGAGUUGGUCUUGCUCUCUUCUGGGUGACGCGGAUUGGAAAGGGUUCUGCAGGCUAUCUUUCAGCCCCACUUUUCACUAUAAAAAAAACACCUGUAAGUAAGUUUAAAUUGCUUCACAGAGGAGCCAUGAAGUGGUGGUGGGUGCUUGUGGCAGUCUUGCUGUCAGUCGGGGGGCUGUCACUGGGCAAGGAGAGCUUGGACUUCCCUGAGUAUGAUGGCAAGGACCGUGUCCACGACCUCAACGCCAAGAACUAUAAGUCUGUGAUGAGGAAGUACGAUGUCAUGGUGGUAUACUACCAUGACCACCCCGGAUCCAGCCGCGUCGCCCAGAGACAGUUUGAGACUGAGGAGUUGGCUCUCGAGCGUGUAGCCCAGGUCCUGGACGAAUUUGACGAUGAGGACAUUGGAGUCGGUCUCAUUGAUGCAAAGCUGGACAAGGCUGUUGCAAAGAAACUAGGCCUUGAUGAGUCCGACAGCAUCUUCAUCAUCACUGAUGACGAAACCAUCGAGUACGAUGGUGAACUUGAGGCACACACUCUCGUGGAGUUCAUCUUUGAUGUUCUGGAGGACCCUGUGGAAAUUAUUGACAACAGCAGAGAACUGAAAGGCUUUGAAAACAUUGAAGAGGACAUCAAACUGGUGGGCUACUUUAAGAGUCACAAGUCAGAACAUUUUGAGGCUUUCGCUGAUGCUGCUGAAGAGUUCCAUCCUCACAUCAAGUUUUUUGCCACAUUCAAUCCCAAGGUCGCCAAGGAACUGGAGCUGAAGCUUAAUGAGGUCGACUUUUAUGAACCCUUCAUUGACGAUCCAGUGGUCAUCCCUGGAAAACCUUACUCCGAGGAGGAGCUGGUGAAAUUUAUUGAAGACAAUGACAGGCCAACCCUGAGGAAGCUGCAGCCCCACAACAUGUAUGAGAUCUGGGAUGAUGAUGUUGGUGGAGAACACAUUGUUGCCUUUGCAGAAGAGUCAGACAUCGAUGGUUUUGAGUUCUUGCACAUCCUGAAGCACYUUGCCGAGGAUAACACAGAAAACCCUGACCUCAGCAUUGUCUGGAUCGAUCCUGAUGACUUCCCUCUYCUCGUGCCACACUGGGAAAAGACUUUCGGUAUUGACCUGUCUCACCCACAGAUUGGUGUCAUCGAGGCUGAUGAUGCUGACAGUGUUUGGAUGGACAUGGACGAAGGAGAAGACUUGCCGUCGGUCGAUGAGCUCGAGGACUGGCUGGAGGAUGUAUUGUCGGGAGAAAUUGAUCCAGAUGAAGAUGAUGAUGACGACGAUGACGAUGAUGAUGACGACGAUGACGACGAUGACGACGAUGAUGACGAUGACGACGACGACGACGACGAUGAUGAUGACGAUGACGACGAUGAUGACGAUGAUGACGAUGAUGACGAUGACGAUGACGAUGACGACGACGACGAUGAUGAUGACGAUGAUGACGAUGAUGACGAUGAUGANGACGAUGAUGACGAUGACGAUGACGAUGACGACGACGACGAUGAUGAUGACGAUGAUGACGAUGAUGACGAUGAUGACGAUGAUGACGAUGACGACGACGACGACGAUGAUGAUGACGAUGAUGAUGAUGACGAUGAUGAUGAUGAUGAUGACGAUGAUGAUGAUGACGAUGACGAUGACGAUGACAAUGACGAUGAUGACGAUUAUUAAAUCCGUAACUUCGAAUUCAAUCUUUAAAUCUGACCAAUGCAGUUUCAGGAGUCAACAUCUACUCCAUUGAAUCCUCAUCUUUUGUAACUAUUUCUUAUGCCGAACUCGUCCAUUCAUCAAGAUCUCUCUUACCACUCUUGGCAUCUCACCAGAAUCACCAUAUUCCAUUAUUUAAUGCUCCUCCCUGACAAAUUUUCCUCCAUGUGGCAAAACACUCUCUGAGUUGCCACAAAACCGUUAUUCCCACUUGUAACACUGUAUGGUGCAAUAAAAGAAGAUAUUAUUUCAAAACCUUGUCACCUACUGCUAUUGAUUUUUAUAUGAUUAAAGUUUUUAUCUUCCUACAAACUGGAGGGGUUUCACUGUUUUAUCCAUGUCUGAGGCCAUAUGUGGUCUUUUGCUGUUUGAACAUUUCAUUCAGUCAUUUUCUUGUUUUCCCUACUACUGAAUCGAUUAAGUUCAGAUCAAAGGGUGCUAUAGCAGUCUAAUGUGUUGGGUCUCGAACAUCACCAGCCUGAUAUGUCAAGUCAGUAUGAAAGUGCUGUUCAUCAUAUGGAUGUUUUCUACAAUGGUGAUUUAUGACUACAGCCAGAUUCUAUUUUUGUAACAAGAAAAAAUUUUAAGUCACUGUAAAGUCUUAAAUAAAGGACAACUUGGACUGAAA